AUGGGGCUGCGGGCAAUAGGGGAUCAUGGGGCCCCUGUGUCCUAGCCCAAACUCAAAAAAGCCUAUGAAAAAGGUACCAGGGGCAUCUCAUGGGGCCCCCUAGUGACCCUGAGCCCUCGGGCAGUGCCCGAGUUUCCAAAUGGUCAGUCCGCCCUUGUCAAAAUGUAUUCUGCUACAUUUAUUGGCGAAAAUAAUAUUAAUAAUUGAAUUUGUACUUUUUUCCAAAUGUUUCUAUUAUUUUAUUAUUUAUUAUUACAUUAUUUUUUUUUUUACUAUUUUAUUUUUCAGUACACUGUAACCAAAGCAAUACAAUGUUACCAUAGUAACAUUGAACUACUCUGGGC